AUGAAUUCUCAUUCCGUUACUAACCUCCGUCACUCCAACCUCUCACUCCAUCCCAACCGUUCAUCAUUCCCAUCUCCGUUAUCACCGUCCCUCUCCUUCAUCUCCCUCCCACCACCGCCGUCGUUUAAGUUCCAACCUAUCAAAGCCUCAUCCUCUCCAAACGACCCUGCGUUUCACCGACCUUCCUUACCAAACCCAUUCCAAACCCUAACCUCUCUCUUCUCCCCCGUCGUCGAAACCACCUGCAUCAUCCUCGCCGCUACCGCCUUUUUCUUCAUGCGCUUCCACCACACUCCCGUCAUCGCCGCUACCCUCGCCACUCCGGCAACCGUUGAGACCUCAGCUGAAAACGAAGAAGAAGCGGAGAAGGUUAUCGAAGAGCGGUUGAGCGUAAAUCCAAACGACGCGGAAGCUCUGCGUGCUCUCAUGGAAGUCAAAAUCAAAGCACGGAAGGUCGAUGAAGCUAUUAAUGUCAUCAACCGUUUGAUUGAGAUUGAACCUGAAGAAAUGGAGUGGCCUCUAUUGAAAGCUAACAUGUAUAUCUACAACGACGACCAUGAAACUGCGAAAAAACUGUUCGAAGAGAUUCUGCAGAGAGAUCCGCUUCGAGUUGAAGCUUUUCACGGUCUCGUGAUGGCGUCAUCGGAGUCGUCGGAGUCUAAUGAACUGUCUAAUGAACCAAUGAAAGGAUUGUUGCAGAGGGUUGAGAAAGCACUGGAAUUGUGCAAGAAGCAGAAGAGGGUUUCAGAUGUUAGAGAUUUUAGGUUAUUGGUUGCUCAGAUUAAGGUGAUGGAAGGGAAUUUCUCUGAAGCACUCAAAGCCUAUCAGGAGCUUGUAAAAGAAGAACCGAGAGACUUCAGGCCUUAUCUGUGUCAGGGUAUUAUUUAUACCUUGCUUAGGAAGAAAGAUGAAGCUGAAAAGCAAUUCGAUCAGUUUCGGAGGCUUAUUCCCAAGAAUCAUCCUUAUAAAGAGUAUUUUGAUGAUAACAUGUAUGGCACCAAUUUUUUCGCGCAGAAAUUCGAGAGGGAAGGAGCUGGUGCUAGGAGUUGA